AUGAACACAAAAGAGAAAAGAAUGGUGGGAAUGGAGAAUCCUUUUACUUUGAAAGUGGGUCAAGUAUUCACUGGCUUUGGAAUUGGCUGUGGCAUUGGCAUCGGCGUUGGUCGCCCUUUAAAUUUAGGUGCUAUACCAGUUCUGAACCAAAUUAUGGUUGCCACUCGGGGCGCAACAGAUGUUUUUUCUAAUGUUGGAAGACAUGUCAAUAAUUCAUUGAGGAAAGUGGGUGCAAAGAACCUUGAAGCAGGCAUUGGUUGUGGAGUGGGUUUUGGCCAUGGCUUUGGAGUUGGCCUUGCUGUGAAGCCUGGUGUAGUGCACCAGAUGCAGUCGAGUCUUUUACAAGCAGUUACACAUGUGAUGAUGAAACUUGGAAUAUCUCCCAGCUUGUUUGCUGAUCAAGGCAUUCUCCCAGCGUCCUUACGAAGUGGCAUAAGCAUGGUAAAGGAACCCUCACAUGAUAAUCCAAUAGGAAGUAUGGGUCAGUUGGUAAAAUCAAUACCCAAUAGUACAGAACAAGGCAAUAUUGGGGAGAGAAGUACAAAUGUGAUUUCUUCCGUGGAAACUUUAGCACCUGAAACUGAUGCAGUAAACACUCAAUCUACCAGUCAAGUAGAGAAGGUCAUCAGCAACUUUUUGGAGAAUCCACUUUUGAAAGAGGGGGGCAAAGUAAAUGAGCAAGCUGAGAAGUUGCAAUCACAGAACAACAUGCUUCAGAUGGUGUUGAAGCACCAACUACUCAUUGAGGAAUUGAUGAGAGAAAAUGAGAGGCUUUGCCAAAUAUUGAUUGAAGAAUUGAAAGUCUCACCAACAGCCGACUGGGGUGGAGGAGGAGGCAUAGAAGAAGGCCCUGGAGAUGGCCCCAUGGGUGCCAUAGGUGGUGGAGGGGGUGAGUGCAUGGUUGGACCAGGCGCCAUUGUUGGUGUCGGCGACAUGCUACGUGGAGGCGGAGAUGCAGCCAUAGGUGGUGGAGCCGCCAUUGGCGGUGGUGACAUAGCCGGCGACAUGCUACUUGAAGGUGGAGAUGCAGCCAUAGGUGGUGGAGCCGCCAUUGGCGGUGGUGACAUAGCCGGCGACAUGCUACUUGAAGGCGGAGAUGCAGCCAUAGGUGGUGGUGCCGCCAUGCCAGAUGGUGGCAUUGUGGGUGUGGCCGAUGGAGGUUGA